AUGGAUACUCAUAAUUGUGGUGCAUGUGGGGAGUUGUUAUCAGAAGGUCCUCACUGCACUGUGUGUAAUCAAGAGCUACAUUUUCAUUGUGCUGGAAUAACCGAAGCUGGCUAUUGCAAGCUGGGAGGUAGAAAGUCUACCUGGCGAUGUGUCAAGUGGAAGCAAACUCACUCUAUUCAGCCUCUUUUAUCACCAAGGAUUGAAUCCGAUGCACUAAUACUUAAGGAGACAAGAACUCUCUCUGAUAAACUGGUGCCAUUAGAAUACCUUAAAGAUGAAGUCAUUGCCUUGAGAUUUAAGAACAAAUUUAAUGACAAAAUUAAGGACUUCAAACAGCGUCUAGUACAGGUCGAGAAAGUACAAAAACAUGCUAACCUAAUUCAGACACGGUUAGAAAAACUGGAGCAGGAGUCAAACUCUGCGGAGCAAUGGUCAAGAAUGAAUAAUGUAGCAAUAAAGGGAGUACCUCAGACAAGCGGUGAAAAUUUAUUUGAAAUCAUAUCCAAAAUUGGGUCUAAGAUACAAUAUCCGAUUACAAAGACUCAGGUUAAUUUCGUCACAAGAGUACCAACCUGUGAGCGGGAGCACAAGAAACCGAUAAUAAUCUGUUUCUGCAAUCGCUAUGUGAAGGAAGAUUUUGUGGCGGCAGCCAGAUAUGCAUCGAAGACUAGUCAUCCCACAUCAAGCAACUUGGGAUUUGUGGACAACAAUAGGAUUUACAUCAACGACCACCUAACCGUGCACAAUAAAACCUUACUCUCUAAAACAAAAAUUGCAGCGGUUGAAAUGAAUUUUCGCUAUGGCUGGGUCAAGCAUGCCAAGAUACAUGUAAGAAAAAUCGAUAAAUCGCAUAUAAUUAUGGUGAAGUCAGAAAGAGACCUUUCAAAAAUAGUGUGA